AUGGGCGUCUUUUCUCUUAUCUAUCCAUUGGCACUGCCUCGCAACGUAACAUUAGGUAUGACUGUGCAGUGUUUAAAACAUACCGCGUACAAACGAAAUCACGAGCUGUUACAGACCGUAUGCAACGUGAAAGACUUGGCAGUAAUCGGUAAUGGCUCGAUUGACUUCGUCAUGAGUUUCCUCUUCCUACUUGAUUUCGAGAUGGUAAAGAUUGGAUUUUUAAAUACUGCCUCGUUAUGCAAAACCCGCAAUUCGCUUUUUAUCGGCAAGAUCUCGAGAGCGAGGAGUGAAAUUUUGUUUUCAUCCGACCUCGCUCAUCCAAACGAUUAUGCGGAUGAUUUAAUUAUUGAGUGGCCGGGUCGCAGCUCUCUACUGAAGGCGAUAGUGGCGGGUCAAAGACGACCUGCGACACUGGAAAAUACUUCGACUCGAGCUGAAAGGAUAGGGCGACUUCGAAUCCUGUCCCCUUUCCAUAAUAACAAAUCCCAUUUUUCCACUUUCAGUAAUGACGGAACAGUAAUUAGUCAUGAAAAUAAAUUACUGAUCCAACCCGUUGAAAAAAAUCCAUCAGCCCCACAUAAUAAAUUGGGUGCGUUCCCCAAAGUAUCCUGCGUAUCCAGCCUCGGCCUUGAGAAAGAAUAUAGACAUGCGAUUCCAGUAUCGAUGAGUAGAAUGAUGGAGAAUUGA